ACCCACAUGGUUGUCCUCCCCAUCCCAAUCGAAGAACUGCCUGAAAAAGUCCAACAGAAGAGCCAGAAUGAAGAUGAAAUCUUCAAGAAUGAGUUUAAGUCCAUACCUGAAUCCACAGGAGCAGUCACAAGAGAAGCCAGUCAGAUGGAAUGCAACAAGGAGAAGAAUCGCUACAUCAACAUCACAGCAUACGAUCAGACAAGAGUAAAACUGAAGGAGACCAAAGGUGUGGAGGGAUCAGACUACAUCAAUGCUUGCUACGUCAAUGGCUAUGAGAAACCAAAGAAGUUCAUUGCUGCACAGGGUCCACGGGAAGACACUGUUAUUGACUUCUGGCGCAUGAUCUGGGAGCAGAACUGCUCAACUGUCAUCAUGCUGACUAAGUGCCUUGAGAAUGGCAGGGAGAAAUGUGCCGAGUAUUGGCCGGAGGAGGAUGCCAUCAUGUAUGAAGACAUCAUCGUAACCCUUGACGACGUUGUGACAUGCGCUGAUUAUGUCAUCAGAAAGUUCACCAUGCAGAAGUCCAUUGAAGGUGAAGACGAAGAUGAUGAGCCGGUCCUGGGUGAAUCUCGGAUCCUGAUGCAAUUCCACUUCCUGGGUUGGCCGGACUUUGGCGUUCCCAAGUACCCACAUAGCCUGCUGUGCUUUCUUAAACGUAUCAGGCACAUGUCUGGUAACCGCACUGACCCUGGUAACACCGUCAUACACUGCAGUGCUGGUGUCGGACGCACUGGUACUUACAUUCUGAUUGAUUCCAUGCUGGAUAUGAUGAAGAAAGAGAAGAAAGUGGACAUCUACAACGUCAUCUACGAACUCCGCAGCCAGAGAAAUCUUCUUGUCCAGUCACUGGUGCAGUAUAUUCUGAUCCACAAGGCCCUCGCCGAGGAGUAUCUGUUUGGCCACACCGAGGUGGCCAUUGAGAGCCUUCGCAUCUUAUACCAGAAACUCUCCAAGAAGGAUCCGGACGGUGACUUCACUGGAGUUGAUCAGGAAUACCGAACGUUGGCCAGCCUGCCGGUAGAGAACAAGGAUCAGAAAGGAGGUAACAUCGAGGCCAAUAAAUUCAAGAAUCGUCUUCGUCAAGUCAUUCCAUAUGAUUUUAAUCGAGUGAAGCUGGAGAGGUUGACCGGGCAGGAACACUCUAACUACAUCAACGCCUCCUUCAUUGAUGGCUACGAGCACAAGAAGGCCUACAUUGCAGCUCAGGGUCCUCUGCCGAACACAAUGGGUGACUUCUGGCGGUUGGCGUGGGAGAACCAAUGCUCGACCAUUGUCAUGAUGUCAGAGUGCGAGGAAAGAGGACAGAGUAUGUGCUCUCAGUACUGGCCGGGGCAUGGGGACACAGUGAACCACGCCUUCCUCACUGUGACCGUCAAGGAUCAGAAAGAAGAGGAAGACUUCACUAUCAGAGACUUGGAAGUGUCUACAACAAAGGGAGGCGGUACCAAGUUGAUUCGUCAGUAUCAUUUCCACGGUUGGCCUGAGGUUGGAUCUCCAGAGACUGCGACUUCAUUGAUUAGAGUCAUUGGAUUGGUCUAUGACUAUCAACAUGACAUCGGACGCUUCCCAAUCCUGGUCCAUUGCAGUGCGGGUUCCGGACGUACUGGAGUUUUUAUCGCAUUAAGCUUCCUACUCCAGAGGGCCAAGGCAGAGGGGAUCGUCGACAUCUUCCAGACGGUGCGGUCACUCAGACAACAGCGCCCUCACAUGGUCCAAGAUUUGGAGCAAUACCAGUUCUGCUACCGAGCCAUGCUGGAAUACCUGGACUCCUUCGACCACUACGCCAACUUCAAGUAGACGAAACAACUCUGGACCUUAUACUGAACUAUUGUCAAAGGUUACAGCACUUUAAUGCUGGAGGCCGCUAAGUUUGAGCAGGGAAGAGGAUGUAAGGUGAACCGAUAGUACUGACAAACAGUCACUGGUAGAUGUGUAUUUUUAUAUCAACAUCAUGGUUCCAAAUAGACCGUAGUGAAUAUGAUGUCACCGUUCAAACAUCUGCCGUACAACAUGGUGUCUGUAUGCGUGUGUGUGCGCGUCAUGUGCUGUUGAAAUCAAACCGGGAAUGCUGCGUGAUGCGUGCUUCAUUGAUGUACACGUUUGGAUGCGUACACAGUUUGACCUACAAGGUGGCGACUUUCAUAGCAAAAAAAGGGGUCAUUCAAUACGGUCUAUAGGCCUGGCUUUACAAGACUUUUAAAAUUUGCUUCAAAUUUUUGUAGUUUUUUUGUAAAUAUGGAAAACUUGUGACUCUUCAGGAACUCAAUUGUAGAGAUCGAAUAUCCAUCGUUUUUUAUUUUAUUUAUGUUAACUUUCUUUUUACUCAGAUUAACCUGUAUUUAAUAAAUGCAUAUAUAUUUUUGUGAUUUAAUUUAGACACAUUUGUAGUGAUGUAUUUGUUGUGAUAAUGAAUUUUUAUCAAAGAAUGAUACUUAGAGUAUUACUUUUAAUAGUUUGUGUAUCGUAAUUGUAAACAUAGAACAUUUUUGUAAAGGAUUUUUUUUUAUAGUGGCAAAGAAUACUUGUUCUUCCCACAUAUUAUAUGUGUUUGUUUUUUUAAGAUAUUCCACCGAGGGAAAUAUUAAUGGAUGUUUGAAGCUUUGCAUGGUGUGAAAAAAUAGGAAGUAACAAUUACUAAAUAAGACUUAAAGGUUUACAUGGUGGAAAGACAAUAAACAUUAGAAAACUUGCAUUGACACCAUGUAGAUAGAUCUCUUUUGAGUAAUUGGUGGUUUUGAUAAAAACCGAAGGACUGAACGUUCAGAGACUAUACUGUGCCCGAUGUCAGGAGACUGCUGGAUUCCAACUGAGCCAUCGGUUCGGGUUAUAAGGGAGAGUGCGUUGAGCCGCAGAGUAUACUCUCCGAAACCUUGAGUCUAUCGAUUAUUCUCAAAACCACCAUCACUCAAAGGGUGAUUUCAAGGUAUUACUUUGCUGAUGUUUAAUAACCAUUACCAAUAACGUUGCAGGUACAUCCAUGUGUACGUCUCUAACAAGAGCUAUGCAUAAAUAUGAAAACAAGAAAUUUUUAAAUUUUAGACCGCUCAAAUGAUUGUCAAGACAGAAGUUCAAAUGAGUUAAUUUCAGUUAUGAAAGCAGUUGGGUGUGAACCAGUGGUUUGUCAGUCAAACGUGAGGCAGCCCACCUAGCAACUUCCAGUGACCACUACUUAUUUGUUUUGUCAAUAUCACAAGUUGGCUGUGAAGAUUUGCCAAAAAGGAGGUUAAUUGGUUUUUUGGGGUUUUUUUUUCAUGUGGUCAAGAAUCUACAAUUUUAUAGGUGUAUGGAUUGAGUUUUCACACAUUUAUAUGAGUGCUGCAUUCUUGUCAGUUUGCAGGCUGCGCAUGUUUUUGCAUCAAACACUAACUUGAAGGUUUACCACCUGACUUUGUUCACCAGCAAGUUGAAACACUAAUGUGAACAGGUUUUACUUGUAAUUUCUUGCAGAAUCAAGGUAAUUUGAGUGAUUCACAAAUGUUUUCCCUUCAGCAUAUUCAGGCAAAUAUAUUUUUUGAAAAACUACAAAUGAUAAUGGCUUCCAAGUUGGAAAUUUGAUAAAAAAGAGUGAUGAAUAUUUUAUACUGCUGUCUACUCUAAAUCAAAACGCUCAAGACUUAAGUAGGUUGAACCCACGUAGGUACUAUGCAUGUUUUUGUAUUUUUUUAAUUUUGUUUUAUUGAAUUAUGAUCUGAUAUAAUCAGAUGCAGAUGUCUUUCAGUUUAGUAUUUUUUUUUUUUUUUUUUUUCAUGUUCCUUGGAUCUGGAGUACUUAUUUUCCCCAAGAUGUGAAUCAUUUUGUUCAGAUCUUUUAUGAGUUUAUUCUUUUCAGCCAUCUUUGUGUUCAUUUUGUUAUAGUAAAUAUGGCAAUUUGUAGUUGUGUAUGUUUUUUCAUAUUGCAUGUGGUACCAAUAGUUAACCAUUUUGAUUUGUGUUUGUUUCUUUUCAUCUUGGUUAUGUAUUUGUUUGAGACCGAAUAACUUGGGAUCAAGAAGUUAUACCCUACACUGUAAAAUAAGCACUGUGUACUCCGUCAUUCCAGAAGUUAGGCGGGGGAAAAAAUAGAAGGAAAAAAACCAACAGGCAAACUGCUCGCUAAGGAUACAAUUAAAGUCACCCGUAAAAGUUCCAGCUGAAUGCAUGGUCUACUUGUUGAGAAAACCUGAAAAACUAUCGUGGUAUUUUCAAGAAUGUUGAAUCCAUUCAUGUUGAGCGGGGUGGCACAGCGGGUACAAACCGCAUUUCUAGGCUCGCAACAUUCGCGAAGCGGACACCUCUGAUUUAGAAAUCUGAGAAAAAAUUCAUGCAUGAAUUGUUUCUCAAAAUCCAUCUGUUUUGGGGUGAAAAUUUAUUUAAACCAUUUUACUUUAGAGGGAGUCCUUUCUCAAAAUAGUUGAAACAAUCAAUAGCUGAAGUGCUUCUUACACAGUUUCAAAUUGCUUCCUUCUUGGUUGGUAUUUUUUGGAGUAUUAACAAAUCUUUCAUCCUACCUUUUAACAAAAAAGGCUAAAAUGUACGAUUGAAUGUGGAUCCCAGCCGGGAUUAAAUGAAGAAUAAUGACUCAUGUUGUUUUAAUUGUCAUCGGUCAUCAAGUUUGUCCACGAGUCAUUUCACCAACCAACUUCGCAAAUGAAAUAUUAAACCUUUUUAAACGAAAUGUAAAUAACGCUAUGCAUGCAGUACUUGUGCCUCUGUGCUUGUACUAUUUUUUUAUACGGAUGUAUUUUUUGAACAAAAUAUUAAAUUGUAAAAGUAACAUGUUCAUGUUUAUUAUCCUACUCAUCAUUUUGUUUCUUGUGGUCUUUUGGGGUAAAAUCAUGUCUUUAAUUAUGUCUUUGGUUAAUUUGUAUAGAGUUUGUUGCUGUGUAAGACACUUAAUGAUCAGUGUUUAUGAAGCAUUCCAAACUGUUUCUUUAAUAAGUUGGAUUUGAAAUUUUGCAUGGUGGACGUUCCAAUCAAGUGAGAUUUGCUCUGACACUUUAAUGUCACUUGCGUAAAAUCUCUUUUGAGUAUCGAUGGUUCUAAGAAGAACUGGUGGUUUGACAACUCGAUGUUUCGCUCUGGGCCCAAAUUCAUAGUGCUGCUAAGCACAAAAUUUUGCUUAGCAUGAAAUUUCGUCCUUGAUAAAACCAGGAUUACCAUACAAAUUAUCAUUUGUUGCAUAUUGCCUGAUACUAGUAUUCAGACGUUGUUUGCUUCUCCUGAAAAUCAUGUGGAAAUUUGGUUGGGAAUCCUGUUUUUAUCAAGGAAGAAAUUUGACUGCUAAGCAAAUUUUUUUGCUAAGCAGCUCUAUAAAAUUGGGCCCUGGUCAUCUUCAUUCUCCUGAAGACAAUCAGAGCAUGUUGUUUGAAACAUUAACUUGUCAAACAACCAUUUUUUCUCAGAUACCAAAGCCUACAUCCUU